AAAGCUGAUAAUAAUUAUAUUCCUGUGUUCGCGAUACAAUCAAAUGAAUAUGUAAAAUUUUGCAUUGUCAUUUGUUCUCUUAAAAAAAUAGAAGUUAUUUACUUACUAGGAAUUCUCUAAUUUAAUCUUAAGAUAAAUACUGUGAUCGUGACCAUGAAGAGAAAUCUAAAAACAUAAUAUUAGAAAAUAAUAACUUGCUAUUCGUUAAAACUGACAUUUAAAGAAUUUAUCGAAAAUAUAUGUAUAUAUGUGAAUUAAUAUCAAUUCGAUUCAUACAUCAGAAUUAGUAGAUUGAGAAAAACAAUUAAUUGUGGAUUGAACGGAAACCGAUUGAGUGCAAACGUUUACGAAAAAUGCAAAUUAUGUUUGGAACAAUUUUAUGUGUUUUAUUGAACAGUUUAGUACUGACAAAGGCAACUAUCACGCCGAAGGAUGAUAACACUUCAAACAUCUUUCAGGAAGAAAGUAUUUCCAUAUAUCCGGAUUUAAAUUUCACGCAGAAUAUUUCAAUGUCCGAGAAAAAUUAUCAUCGUAUAUUAAAUUUUAAAUCUGUCCGGAGUCAUUCUGAUAGUACUGUGAGAAAUGAGCGAGAAGUCGAUGAAGUUACGCUUGCAAAUAUUUCUAUCAUCCCAGAAUCUAUCGAAAACAAUUUGAACAAGCCAACAUCUCUCAGAGCAUUUGUACAAUUCGACAGUCAAUUCACAGAAAAAGUAAACGACAUUUUUGUGAUAUUGAGAUGGAACCAACCUAACUUUUCCGAUGAAAUAAUACAAGGGUACACGGUGCAGUGUUUUUUCAUCGAGGAUUUAAAAGAGAUUCAAAUCUGUGAGGAUAGAAAUAUUACCACUACAGAAUUGGAGCACACGGUUCACAAUCUGACAUUUAACACGACAUAUUAUUUUCGAGUACGUGCGCAUACUAAAAUUGUUGCUGGACCUUACACGGAUUUAAUUAAUGUGUCGACUACACAUGAAAAUCCAAUACCUAAAUUAUUACUCAUAACAUAUGGAGAUAUCCAAAUAUGGGACGUGGAUUUAAACAUCAUUACUAAUUUAGUAAUGACGUCACACUCAGUAACAAAUGCCGUUUAUUCGAUACAAGAACAUAGAAUUUAUUGGAGUACCUGGGAAGGAGACCUAAUGACAUUGAAGAUUAAUGAAAAUAAUAUCACAAAAAUAGCUAGCUUUGAUCAUGAUAUACUCGUACAUGAUCUCUGCAUUGACUGGGUAGCAAGAAAUCUAUAUUUUACAUAUAAAGAGUAUGAUACAUCAGACUACUAUUACAUUCUAAAGUUCGACUUAACAAUGUCGGAAAAUGGCAUAAUUAAAUUUGAUCAGAUUUUCAAAUCAAAAUUUCGUAUUAGCUAUUUAGAAGUUUCACCGUCUAUGGGAAUUUUAUAUCACAUAUCAUACAAUUGGAUGAGUGGAAGACAUGUAAUGAUGAAAUAUCAUCUCGAUGGAAAAAACGAGCAAAUUGUUAAGAUAAAUGCUUCCCUAUUUUAUUAUAUUAUAUAUCCUUUCAGUAAUAUGAUAAUUGAUAACAUGAAUGAUGAAGAGUCGUUAAUUUACUGGUUAAAUGAUUGGAGUAUAAAUGUAACAGACAUUAAUAUUUCUAAGUUUAAUCAGAUUUUACACAAGAAAGACAUAAGUGAUGACAUCAAAUUCCAAUAUAUGACGAUUGACAAAACAAACAUUUACAUUUUAACAUAUAAUUCUCAAUAUAAUUCAUAUACCUUCCUCGUUUUGAAAAAGAAAUAUGCAAGUCUCAAGAACGUCCCAUAUGCAUACAAAUAUGUUAUAAAGAUACCAAUAAGCUCAGAUAAAAGUGAGUUUUUUAAAAACAUAUAUAUUUACGCUUUUGAUAAAUCUUCACAACCAUAUCCUCCAAUGAGAUGUCUGACAUUUGACGAAAAAGUUUAUAAUUUUGAGAAUGUGACUGCAACGACAAACAGCAUUAUUGUAAAUCUUCCGGAGCCAGUUGUAAAGAGUGGAUGCAAAAAAUAUAAUUUACCAACUACUAUAUAUACUAUUUUUGUAAGCCAUUGUUUAGACAACAACCUCAACAAGUCUGAAGAAUUCAAUGUGCCGCCAGGCGAGCGACAUUACAAGAUUCAGAACUUAACACCAUUUACAGAGUACAAGUUGAAGUUUACUUUAAGCAAUUUUUACUAUGAUCAAUUAUCAAUAAAUUCACUCGAUUCGAACGUGACACGAAUAAAAACUAAUUUGGGCAAACUUAAUGUACCAGAAAACAUAAGUGUUUUAGCUUUGACGCCUACUAUAGCAGUAGUUCAUUGGAUGCCACCCAAGAAAUUAAACUGCGUGGUUGUGACCUAUGAAGUACAUUGGAAAUUAGUGAACGACACGCAACAAGAGAAUAAACAAUUUAUCAUUGUGCCGAAACGUGUGGCAGACGGCAGAUUUUUCACAAAGAUUAACUUGUCGCUACCAAUACAAGAUUACUUGAUAUACGUGCGUGUGUAUCCAAGUAAUUUCAGCGAUUUCUACAACGAGAGUUUAAGCAAGAUCGAUCACAUAUACUCAGAACCAAACAAUAUUACUAUGAGCGAGGCCAACACAAAUAGCAUGGACAUUUCAUGGAUCUCAAACGUCAAUCUUACGGUCUUUCUUACACUAGAAUACAAGGAGAUUGCAACAGAAAAGUGGCAAACAACGAAUAAUUUUAAAAUGAAUUAUAACAAGGAAGUAAUAUAUCAUAUCGAAAAUUUACAGUCGGGAAAUUUAUACAAGUUUCGCUUGAUAUUGAGAUAUCCCGAAUAUAAGGAAACUUUUACAUGGCCGACUGAUGAAAGAUUUAUUUUUUCAACACGUGGUAGCAAACGUGAUAUUUCGGACACUCCUGGAAUAAUAGCGAAAAAAUAUUACUUAUUAUUGAUGUUAGGUUUUAUCGUUAUAGUUAUUAUAAUCUGCCUCUACUACUUUUAUUGUUUGUAUCGUCAACGCAGAGGGAAUAAUGAACAAUUUUUGUCUUCAACAAUGUCCGAUAUAGAAUUGGAGAUUCUACCGGAUGAAUGUGCGAUAACUAAAAUAGCACGUAAACAAAUUAGAUUUACAAAACAUAUUGAUACCGGCGCAUUCGGAAUGGUGUAUCAAGGAAAAGUGAAAAACUUAGAAAGUUCGGGCACAGAGAUAUCCGUUGCAAUAAAAACGCUUCGGAAAGAUGCUUCCUCCCAUGAGAAAAAGAGAUUGUUAAAAGAAGCCGAGCAUAUGAAUCGUUUUCGACACAAACAUAUAUUAAGAUUGUUGGGCGUUUGUUUGGAUGGAAUUUCUCCGUUUCUAGUGUUCGAAUUAAUGGAAACUGGUGAUUUGUCAAAAUAUUUGAGAGAUUGUCGAAAUUUGGAAGCGUCAGAUUCGCACGCUCUGCGUUUGCAAGAUUUGUUCGCCAUGUGCGAAGAUGUUGCGCGAGGUUGUUGCUACUUGGAAGAAUUGCAUUUCGUACAUAAAGAUCUAGCGUGUCGCAAUUGUUUAGUAUCUUCGAGAAAUCGCGAGAAUCGUAUUAUCAAAAUUGGAGAUUUUGGAUUAGCUAGAGAUAUCUACAAGAAUGAUUAUUAUCGCAUGAGAGGAGAAGAUUUGCUUCCUGUUCGCUGGAUGGCACCCGAAUCUUUGAUGAUCAGAACAUUUACUUCUCAAAGCGAUGUUUGGUCAUUUGGUGUUUUAAUGUGGGAAAUUACAUCGUUGGGUGAGCAACCUUAUAGUGCCAAGACUAAUGAGGAAGUGAUAUUUUAUGUAAUCGCUGAAAACAGGUUGCCGAUGCCUCUUAACUGUCCGUCACUAUUGUAUCAGUUGAUGGAACGUUGCUGGAGUGAAGCAGCGGCUGCUAGACCAAAUUUCGAAUUUUGUCUGAACAAUAUUAUAACAUUAAGAGAGAACAUAGAAGAUGCCUUACUGAGUCCAGUCGAUACUAUUUAGCUGAUAUUAUAAUUAAAUUAAUGUUUAUUUUCCAAAUGAUCCAGUAAAUCUUACUGUAGGAAAAGUAUU